AUGGCGUGGUCCGAUAUCUUCAUCAUUUGGUGUGAAAUCACCGGCGUCUUCCUAAUAGGCAUUCUGGGAGUGAUAAUUCACGAUGUGGUCUUAUGGAAACGAAUGCCUCCGGGCCCUCAGCCUCUCCCAUUCAUUGGGAACAAACUGAACGUCCCAAGCAAAUACCCAUGGAUUCAAUUCCAAGAGUGGUCGCGAAAAUACGGUCCUGUCUUCACCAUCUGGUUUGGUCGUCGACCGACAGUGAUCCUCUCUGAUCCUGUGGUGGCUGUGGACCUGCUCGAGAAACGAUCUCACAAAUACAGUUCACGACCAAGAUUUGUGGCUAUGGGCGAGAUCUUCUGGGACAUGUCGAGCAUUCUCGUCCAGCCUUAUGGCAAGGACUGGUCCGUACGGAGGAAAGCAAUGCACAGCGUCCUGACGCCCAAAGCGCUACAGCAUUACAAGCCCGUGCAGGAAGCGGAAGCGACUCGACUGUGCUAUCAGCUCUCACAAAGGCCUGAGGGGUUCGACGCUCUUCUCAAUCGCUUCACGGCAUCUAUCGUCUUCACCAUCGCAUAUGGCCAUCGGAUCGACAGCCUGGAGUCACCCAUCGUUCGACAGCGCAUGAAGAUCAUGCACUGGAACGCGGCUCUCAACGUACCGGGCCGCUAUCUCGUGGAGUCCUUCCCGAUCAUGAAACACAUUCCUGACAUGUUCGCGCCGUGGAAGCGGGAGAUCAAAUCCUGGGGCCGUGAGGAGCAAGAGGCUAAUGCCCAAUUGCUCAACUACGUGCGCGAAGACAUUGAGAAUGCAAAGAAACCCGGUGCCCCUCCCGUGCCCAACAGCCUUGCCAAGCAGCUGCUGGAAAAUCGCGCUGCGGAUCCAGGGGCAUUUGCAAUGCUUCGUGAACGAGACUUCGCCAGCCUGCCGGCUUCAGUGUUCGGGGCGGGCGCCGACACCACGGCGUCGACGCUGUCCUCUGCACUCCUCGCCAUCACCACGAACCAAGAGACGCUUGACGCCGCACAUGCCGAGCUCGACGCCGUGAUCGGCCCUGAUCGCCUGCCCACGUAUGCAGACGAGGCGUCGCUGCCGUACAUCAGGGCCUUGUGCAAAGAGGCCCUGCGCUGGCGCCCCGUCGCCGUGCUAGGAGGCACACCACACGCCAGCACCGAAGCAGACGUCUACCAGGGCUACUACAUCCCCAAAGGCACCAAUAUCCUUGGCAAUAGCUGGGCCAUCAACCUGCACGAAGAAUACUACCCGAACCCGGACCACUUCAACCCGUUACGUUUCCUAGACGUCCCACCCCAGUCGCUAGGUUAUCUGCCUGAGUCCUACCUCUCUAGCACACCCGUGGAAAAGGGCCGCCCUCACCCGAGCAAGCUCGGCCACAGUUCCUUCGGCUGGGGUCGUCGUAUCUGCCCCGGUGCCGACCUGGCGUCGAAUAAUCUCUUCAUCGCCCUCGCGCGUGUGCUGUGGUGUUUCGACAUUCGCCCUGUUAAGGGCGUGAUCUACGACACCUAUGACUAUACCGACGGCUUCAACAUUCGGCCUAAUCCGUUUAAAUGCGAGAUUGCAUUACGGAAUAAGCGGUGCGAGGAGGUCCUCAAGGCUGAGUUUGAAGAUUCUCAGGUGUUCUUGGUCAAGAAUUUCCCCUUGUUCAAGGAGCAUGAGAUUGCGGUUUGA